AUGAUAAUAACUAGUCGUAAUUCUAGUGUCGUCUCGUUUCUCUCCCCCAAGUAUAUCCAUGAUUUGAGUAGUGGGUUGUCACUUGAAGCGGCCAAGAAUCUAUUCACCAGGAAGGUUCUCCGAAAUCAUCUAGGAAAUUUGCAACCCGAGGUGGAGGAGUGCAUUGAUAAAAUUCUUCAAUGUUGCGGGAACCAGCCCUUUGCAAUUUCAGCGGUUAGUAGUUUGCUAACUGAGAAGCCACAAACUCGAGCAGAGUGGGAGGAUAUUUAUAACAAUCUUGGAUCUAAAACUGGACCGGGCUCUAUUCUUGAAAUUGUUAGCAAUAUUUUGCAGCCGAGUUUUAUGGAUCUUCCGAACCAUCUUAAAUCAUGUUUUCUGUACUUGAGCAUUUUUCCUCCCAACUAUGUCAUCCAGCGUGAGAGGCUAAUUCACUUAUGGGUUGCGGAAGGACUUGCGGAACUGUCGUCUCUUUUCUCUCCCCCCAAGUAUAUCCAUGAUUUGAGUAGUGGGUUGUCACCUGAAGCGGCCAAGAAUCUAUUCACCAGGAAGGUUCUCCAGAAUCAUCUAGGAAAUUUGCAACCCGAGGUGGAGGAGUGUACUGAUAAAAUUCUUCAAUGGUGCAGGAACCAACCCUUUGCAAUUUCAGCAGUCGGUAGUUUGCUAGCAGAGAAGCCACAAACUCAAGCAGAGUGGGAGGAUAUUUAUAACAAUCUUGGAUCUAAAACUGGACCGGGCUUUAUUCUUGAAAUUGUUAGCAAUAUUUUGCAGUCGAGUUUUAUGGAUAUUCUGAACCAUCUUAAAUCCUGUUUUCUGUACUUGAGCAUUUUUCCUCCCAACUAUACCAUCCAGCAUGAGAAGCUAAUUCACUUAUGGGUUGCGGAAGGACUUGCGGAACGUUAUGCCCGCUCUCUUACGAUGGAGCAUGUUGCACAAAGUUAUUUGAAUGAACUUAUCUCCAGAAAUCUGGUUCUUGCCACUGAAAGAGAAAUCAAUGGACAACUACAGAGUUGUUGUGUUGUUUUGCACCAUGUCUGUGAUUACAUCCUUUCAAAAGAGGAGAAUUUCAUUACCGUUUUGGAGUCUGACCCGAACCAGAGGACUAGGCCAGCAUUUGAGAAAAUUCGACGCCUUUCAAUGUUAAAAGCUGAUUGUGGUCUCAGUCUCUUGAAGUACUUGAGUUUGCGGGGAUCAAGGAAUACAACAGUUCCAAAGUCCAUAAGAAAGUAUCAAUGCUUGGAGACCUUAGUUCUUGAAGACACCAUGGUGAUCAAAUUGCUAGAAAAAGAGAUGUGUGUACUCCAGAAUCUGCGCCAUUUUUCAGUCUCGUCUAAUCAUAUUGGCGGAGUGAUGUUAUUGGCUGGCAAUAUUAAAGCUUUAUCUUCCAUACACGGGUUGUCACUGAUUAAGGUGAAAAACAACAGAACAAUCAUAAAAGCCUUGGGAGAGUUGAAACAUGUUAGGAAUUUGGUAUUGGUAGAUCUUGAAACACAAGAUGGAAAAGAACUAUGUACUGCCCUUGAGGAAAUGAAGCAUCUUUCGACACUUGAUAUAAGAGCAGAACGCCUGGAGUUCCUUGAUUUGGAUCAUAUGCGAACCCCUCCUCAUUAUCUCCAGGGUCUACAUUUGGAAGGACGCCUAGAAGGGCUACCUAAGUGGAUUCUCCAGCUUAGUAGGCUAGAGAAGAUUGGUUUACAUGGUUCAGAGCUGAGGGCUAACGUUAACCCACUUGAGCUCCUUCAAGCUCUGCCUUAUCUGCUUGAGCUUGACUUGGUGGACUAUUACAAAGGGGAAAAGUUGAUAUUCACAGCUGGUACAUUCAAGCGUCUAAUGAUAUUAAAAAUGGAACAAUUUACUGAGCUGAAUUCCAUUUCAUUUGACGACGGAGCAAUGCCGCGGCUUAGGGAGCUAACCAUCUCUAGAUGUCCGAAUCUGAGUUCUCUUCCAAAUGGCAUUCGUGGUCUUAGUUCACUCUACAAGCUGGAUCUGGAUUACAUGCCCCAUAAACUUAUUCAAUUGUCCGCACCGUCAGAUGGUCCAGCAUAUUCCUGUCUCCAAUUUUACAAGGAAGAGUUUUCUGGCGAUGUUCAUGCGUUACCUUUUUGA